AUGCCUCAACUCAUGGCAGUGUGUCUUCGAAGCUUUCGAAUAACUUCAUUGAAGAAUCGAAACAGUGUCAGAUUGUUGUCUUGGGCAUACAACGGUCGUAUGUACAUAUUUGGUGGAUAUAUAGGUACGUCAAAGGUACAUUUGGGAGAUUUGUAUGAAUUUGAUCCAACCAAAUGCAGAUGGCGAUUGUUGACUCCGUUUGGUGAUGGACCAUCGCCCCGAAGGCGGCACUGUACGGUGCUCGUUAACGAUCGACUUUUCCUUUUCGGAGGAACGAUGUGA